AUGGCUCCCAGAAAGAAUGCGCAGUCGGUCAAUGCCGAGCUCUCAAUUGUUCAUCUAAAGAACUGCUUGGUCAACCUUCCCCCCACGUUGGUGUCGCUGCUCGUCAAUGUCAACACGCCUGCCCAAAAUGUCGUCGUUGAGCUCACCUUCCGCGCCCCCGCGCCGGGAACACAGUCGUCCUCCGGCACACAUGAGCGGUCGGUCUUUGUCGGCUGGACGGGCAUGCCGAGCAAGCGACGAACCGCAACUCCGAUCAGUCGCGAUAGCGGACGAACUUCAUCGCGUGAUCAGGAUCUUCAGCUUGUCGAGAUCGACGCGACGUUAGCUCACACACUCGGUCUCAGCGACGGCCAGAGAGUUACAGCCACGAUUCACGUCGACCCCCCAAUUGCGCAUACCAUCAACAUUGAGCCUAUGACUCCUGAGGACUGGGAGAUUAUUGAGCUCCAUGCGACAUUCCUCGAGCUCAAUCUACAAUCGCAAAUCCGUGCGCUCCCGAAUCCUGCGUACAUGGGCGCAGGCGACAAGCCAGUCCCUCCGCAUCCCCUCACACUCCACCUCUCUCCGACAUCGACGGCCAAUAUUAAAAUCAUCUCACUCGACCCCGCGCCUCCCUCAAAUGCGCCGUUUGCAAAGCUAUCUCCCAACGCAGAAGUAAUUGUGGCUCCCAAGACCCGGGCCAAGCAAGCUCAGAGCAGUGGUGACCACCGAAGUGUCGCCAGCACCUCGCGAUCGAGGCGCAGUGCCACGAGCACCGUUCGGAGAAAGGGUGCAAGAGAGGAGCCAAAGCCGACGAUGUUCCUUCGUGCGAUCGACAGGUCAUACUGUGGAGAGUGGUUUGACGUUUUGGCCUCAAUCCAAGACCUCGUGGUCUGGGUCGAUCGCGACCACCUCUUUACCAACGAAUUCCGCGGAAUCAACUUUGUCGUUGUCGAUGUCAUCCGCCCCGCUGGCCUACAAAAACUUCAACCAGAGGGAGAAGCCGCGCAAGCUCAAACACCUGCGUCGUCAAAGGUCAUUGCGCGCCUCUUGCCCUGGGACGACCCUCCAAACGGACAAGCCGCGGCGCUUUCAGCACCUCUCUGCGCUGCACUCGGAUGCACUGGUAUCGUCGGUGGUGUCAUCAAACUUCAGGCUGCGCCACAGCAGUUGGGACGCAACGCCGUUCAAGUAGUCAAAGUCUUCCCCUUUGCUGCGAGCGCGAAAACAACCGAAGGCUUGCGAUUCGGCAGCGAAACAAAAGCUGAAAAGGAAGAGUCAGCAAAGCGAUUCAGGCACAUUUAUGCCGGCUCCAAAGAGAAGCCAGGUCUGCUGCAAGGCCCCGUAACAGAUGGCCUCGUCGUUGGUCUGUAUGAUGGUCUUGACGCGCCACAGGGCUGGGAAGGUGGCAUCAUCCGAUUUGAAUACGGCCCUGACCACGAACAGACGAAAGAUUCAACGCAAUGGCUUGCUGGCAUGGAUCACAAGCUGCAAGUCGAAUUUCAGCCUCCGGGACCUCGACCUUCUUGGAUCCUUGAGUCUGAUGAAUUCGAGCUUCAGCCCAGGCAUGAUUCCACUCUUGUUGGCAUCGACAAUCUGCUUACAAGCCUGGAAUCUCACUUAUCCCACUUGUCCUCUGUCCUGUUAACAGGAACAAUGGGCUGUGGCAAAACCGCUGUGGCGAAAUACAUGGCCGAGAAGCUGCGCAAAGAUACCCUCUUCUACACAAUCUACUUUUCCUGCCGAAAGCUCGUAACGGACGAGACGAGAAUAUCAACGAUUCGCGAGACCCUUGAGCGCCUAUUCAUGUCUGCCAGCUGGGGAUCUCGGCUGGGAGGCAAAGGCAUCGUGAUUCUGGACGAUCUUGACAAGCUCUGCCCUGUCGAGACGGAGCUCCAGGUCGGCAACGAUAAUGGACGAAGUCGCCAAGUAAGCGAAGCGAUACGAUCGAUAGUACGGCAAUACUGCACACGCGACAGCAACAUCGUUCUUCUAGCUACGGCUGAAGGCAAGGACUCGCUCAACAACGUGGUCGUAAGCGGCCACGUCGUGCGGGAGAUUGUGGAGCUGAAGGCGCCGGACAAGGAAGCUCGCAGAAGGGUCAUGGAAACUAUUGCAAAGCAAAAUGCUGUAUCAAUUGACGAUGCGGAUGACUUUAACAACAGCCGACCGACGACCGCCGAUGGUAGUAAUAUUGAAGAGAAUGGAGACUGGCUGCACGGAGCAGAUCAGCCCGCUGCUGCUGUGACAAACUCUGUCAAUAGCGGAUUUAUCCUCGACUCGGACCUCGAUUUCCUCGAUAUUGCCGGCCAAACAGACGGUUACGUGCCUGGAGAUUUGACAGUCGUUAUCUCUCGUGCCAGAAAUGAGGCCAUCAUCCGAGCUCUCAGUGAAUCUCCCAACGAUACCUCGGGAGGUGCUAUUCAUCUCAGCCGCGUCGACUUCGACAAGGCUCUGAAGGGCUUCACACCCGCCUCUCUGCGAAACGUUUCACUACAAAGCUCGACAACCACAUUCAAAUCCAUUGGUGGUCUGCAGGAGACACGAAAGGUUCUGCUGGAGACACUACAAUACCCGACGAAAUACGCACCCAUCUUUUCGCAAUGCCCUCUGCGACUUCGAUCCGGUCUUCUUCUCUACGGGUUCCCUGGUUGCGGUAAAACACUGCUUGCCAGUGCUGUGGCUGGCGAAUGCGGCCUCAACUUUAUCAGCGUCAAGGGACCGGAGAUUCUCAACAAGUACAUCGGUGCUUCGGAAAAGAGCGUGCGUGAUCUCUUUGACCGUGCUCAGGCGGCAAGACCUUGCGUGUUGUUCUUUGAUGAGUUCGAUUCCAUUGCCCCCAAGCGUGGGCACGACUCGACGGGUGUCACAGACAGAGUUGUCAACCAGCUGCUUACACAAAUGGAUGGUGCCGAAGGCUUGUCCGGAGUAUACGUACUCGCGGCAACGUCUCGUCCUGACCUCAUCGACCCUGCCCUUCUCCGACCCGGUCGUCUCGACAAGUCUCUCCUGUGCGACAUGCCUGCUGCCGAGGACCGUCUCGAUAUUCUCAAAGCCCUGUUCCAAAGGGUCCGUCUCUCUGAGGAACUUACCGAGUCAGAAGACGCGUGGGAAGAGAUUGCCCGGCGCACAGACGGCUUUUCCGGCGCCGAUCUUCAGGCCCUCGUGUCCAACUCGCAGCUCGAGGCCAUUCACGCUGUUCUCGACGUCGGUGGUGGUGGCGGCAGCGUCCCGACCGCGGUCCGCGGAAAGGGUGGCGUGAAUGGCACCAAACACGGCUCGACGCCGAGCUUUGUGCAGUUCCGCUACGGCACCGACGCCGACCAGUCCGCCAACCCCGUGCCCCAGAGCAAGUCGGCCACCCUCGUGGAGCAGGCCGCCAUCACGUCCAAGCUGGAGCAGAUCAAGCUCACGCGGCGCAAGGAGAAGCAGGCCCACAAGGGCUCGGCGGCGGGCGGAAUGCAAAACGACUCGUCGGCCAGUAUGAACGACGGUGGUAGCGGCAAGACGCCGGUGGACCAGAAGGAGGUCGUUAUUGGAUGGGAGCACCUCGUCAAGGCGCUCGACAGCACCCGUGCCAGCAUCAGCAAGGAGGAGAGGAACCGCCUGGAGCGUAUAUACCACGAAUUUGUGGCUGGUCGCAGCGGCAAGAUGAAGAAUGGGGAGGGAAGCACGGAAAUUGGAGGCCGUAGCAGUCUCAUGUAA